AUGGCGAUCCUGCAGACUGGAUUCAUCGCCAGCGGUAGGGUUGAUCCGGCCAACAGUGCCGAGAUCACUUCCCCCACCCCGCUCGCCCUUCCACAUGCCGAUCUGGUCAAGGCGUACCCAGGGGGCUGGGGCUUCGGCUUGGCCUCCAAUGCAGGCGGCUCUCUCUUCGUGUGGGGCGUGAACGCUGCCACGCUGCUGGACAAACAGGGCUCGGCGGAGGAUGGAGCCGAUCCGAGCGCCCUGGACCAGGUCCUCGGUGACGGUGUUACCACAGCAGCGGCAGGGUUCGACCAUGUCCUGGUGGCCACCGGCGAGGAGACCCACGUGUUUGGGCCCUCCUACACCCCGCAGGGUGUCCGGGGUCUGCACCUGGCCUCCAUCCACACACCGCACCCGGUGGCUGCCCUGGCCGCAGGGGAGCACCACAGCUUGAUCCUGACCCGGGCCGGCUCCCUGUACGCCUUUGGCCUCAACCGGGAGGGCCAGCUGGGCACGGGCCGCACAGAUGCCCGCGGCCCGGAGGCCCCCGCCCUGGUGCUGGGCCCGGGGUCCAGCCGGCCCGAGCCCAUCACGGCGGUGGCCGCCGGGGCACGACACAGCCUGGCCGUGACCCGCCAGGGUCAGGUCCUGGGCUGGGGCUGGUCGCUGCAUGGCCAGGCGGGCACGGGGGAGGCGACCCCGGCGGUGAGCAGUCCCCACCUUGUGGCCGCGCUGGGGCCGCUGGUGGUCGACUCCGUGGCGGGGGGCCAGGCCCACUCCCUGGCCCUCACCCAGGACGGGGACGUGUAUGCCUGGGGCCUGAACGGCGACGGCCAGCUGGGCGACGGCACCACCCAGACCUCGCUCCAGGCAAGUCGACAGGGGUCUUUGGGGGGUGCAGAUGCAGCGGACUUGCCAAUGCCCAAACUGCUGGAGGCGGUGACGGUGCCCGUGGCCAGCAUCAGCGCCGGCGCACGGCACUCCCUCCUGCUGACCCGGACGGGCUGCGCCCUUGCCGCCGGACACGGCGCGUUUGGGGCCACGGGGACGGGGCGCUACGAGGACAGCCUGGCGCCCACUGCCGUCGCCAGCCCGGCCGGCAGGCGGGUGACGGCCCUGGCGGCGGGCUGGUGGCACAGCCUCUUCGUGCUGGCGUGA